ACCCAAAUGUUGGCAAUGGGUGUGAAAAACUAGAAAAUGUUCCCAAUCCCCCUGAAAGCUUAAACACAAACACUGUAGAAACACUGCGCCUCUGACAUUGCGCUAAAUCCUCCACAGCUCACAUCCGGGGUACGAAACAUGAGCAAAGACGUGGAAUGUUAGUUUUUUUUUUUUUUUUCCUCAGCCGCUGUAAUGAUGAAGUAAAAAGCAUCAUGAUUGGUGGAUUGCGAGGGACAAGAAACAUAAAACCGGAGGAUUAGCUUUAGCAUUCGGAUCCAAACUCAGACCGACAGCGAAAAAAAACAGCGAAUCCAAACAACGCGAACAUCAACCGACGGCACAAAAGGCCUUUCGACUUGCUUCUGACACGUUUAAGUGCAGCUAAAUAAUUGACAGAGGCAGGACCUUCAGCUUUGGGACCCUGUCAGGAGCAGGAGAGGAUAAGUUUUCAGUUUUUUCUAUGAAGACAAGAAGUGACUCAGCUGUUCAUAAAAAACAGGGGAUUCCACUACUUGAGUGCCAAUCCAGAGAGAUGAACGCAAGCAGGAGACAAUAUUUCCACCAGUGAUAAAGACCGUCUCUGAAGAACAACUUGUGGCUGGAAUACAGAGAUUUUCAUCCCAGGUUGGAAAGCAGUGUGUUGUACCUCUGAGAUUCCCUCCACCACUUCAAUGGGUCUUCCUUAGCAACUAGUGUCUCUGUCUGCAGAUGCAGAUACAAAGUUCUAGAAAAAAAUGAAAAUACAAAAGAAGGACAAGCAGAUGACCGCCACACACAUUUUAAUGCACGCCUCAGCUACUUCCGCCAGCAAUGCCUCUGAGCAGAGUGCACAAACCACUUUUUCAAUAGGCCACUUUGGCAAGGAGCAGAUCCGUAUCAUUGAUGGGCCAUCUAAUCACUGUGUGGCUCAUGCAAAGCUCUCUGGGAUGAGGGAAUUAGUCCAAGGGUCUACCAGCCCUAGUCCCCACCUUUCUGUUUCACCAGUCAAUAGCGAGGAGGAUGAUGGCGGAGGUGGGCCCAGGGUGAGGAAAAAACGCAAAAAAAAAGACAAGAAAGACACAAGAGAGGACAGAGACUGUGACAUUAGACCAAGGAAAAAGAAGGUACAGAAAGAAGGGAAGGGACUGCUCCUGAAGAAAUCAAAAAUGCUGAAGGAAAUAAAAGAGACAAAGAAGGCAGAAGGGAAGGCAGUAAAGGAUCCUAAAAAGGUCAAGAAAGUUCAAGAAGUCAAGUCAAAAACACAGGGAAAGGAUGUGACCUCCCUACCAAGGCAGCGUGGUAGGAAGCCAAAAGAGCAGAGUGUUGUCCCCCUGGAAAAAAGGAAAAAAGGGAAGCGGAAAAGCGAUGCCUCGCAGGAGGCAGCUGAGAGCGAUGAUACAGCCUCACUCUGUACACUGGCUACAGGAGAAGAGAGCACAGACCCUAUGGACAACACUAAAAGGAGAUCUGGACGUCAGGUGAAGCGUAGGAAGUACAAUGAAGAUCUAGAUUUCAAGGUUGUGGAUGAUGAUGGUGAAACCAUUGCUGUGUUGGGAACGGAGCGAAUUCCAGCACUCUCCUCCUCUACUCUCGCUUGGCAAGCAGAGGAACCCCCUGAAGAUGAAGCCAACAUCAUUGAAAAGAUUCUCUCUGUGCGGACUAUUAAGAAGGAGACAUUCCCUGGAGAACUAGUUGAAGAGUCAGAAGAGUUUUAUGUGAAGUACCGAAAUUUUUCCUACCUUCACUGUAAAUGGGCAACAUUGGAAGAGCUGGAAAAGGACCCACGCAUUCAUCAAAAAAUUAAGCGCUUCAGGAACAAAUACGCACAAAUGAAGCACAUUUUCUCAGAGUUGGAUGAAGACCUCUUUAAUCCUGACUAUGUUGAAGUGGAUCGGGUUUUGGAGAUUGCGAUCACUACAGACACAGAAACUGGAGAGGAGGUGACACACUACCUGGUAAAAUGGUGUUCUCUACCCUAUGAAGAAAGCACUUGGGAACUGCAGGAGGAUGUAGACCCUGUGAAGAUUCGUGAGUUUGAGGAGCUCAAGAAAAUACCAGACCUUACACCUGUUGAGAGGCCUGCACCAGAGCAUUGGCAAAAGCUUGAACAGUCUCGUGAAUACAGAAAUGGCAACCAACUCCGAGAAUACCAGCUAGAGGGCAUGAACUGGCUUCUUUUCAAUUGGUACAACAGGAAAAAUUGUAUCCUAGCUGAUGAAAUGGGGCUUGGAAAAACCAUCCAGUCCAUAACGUUCCUUUAUGAGAUCUUCCUUAUGGGUUUGAGAGGUCCCUUCCUUAUCAUUGCCCCUCUCUCCACUAUUACAAACUGGGAGAGAGAGUUCCGCACAUGGACAAACAUUAAUGUAAUUGUUUAUCAUGGUAGCCAGAUCAGCCGCCAGAUGAUCCUGCAGUACGAGAUGUAUCACAGAGACGAACAGGGAAACAUAAUAUCUGGCCUGUUUAAGUUUCAUGGUGUAAUCACCACAUUUGAGAUGAUCAUGGCUGAUUGCCCUGAACUGAAAAAGGUUAAUUGGCGCUGUGUGGUUAUUGAUGAAGCCCAUCGACUGAAGAAUCGUAACUGUAAACUGCUGGAAGGACUCAAACUCAUGAACUUGGAGCAUAAAGUGCUCCUUACAGGUACACCUCUACAGAACUCUGUGGAGGAACUCUUCAGUCUGCUGAACUUCUUGGAGCCAGUGCAGUUUCCCUCAGAGACCACAUUCCUUGAGGAGUUUGGAGAUCUAAAAACUGAAGAGCAGGUUAAGAAGCUUCAAGCAAUUUUGAAGCCCAUGAUGUUGAGGCGUCUAAAGGAUGAUGUGGAGAAGAAUUUGGCCCCCAAAGAAGAAACUAUCAUUGAGGUGGAACUAACCAAUAUGCAGAAAAAAUAUUAUCGUGCCAUCUUAGAGAAAAACUUUACAUUUCUGGCAAAGGGAGCCAACCAGCACAAUAUGCCCAACCUCAUUAACACCAUGAUGGAGCUACGCAAAUGCUGCAACCAUCCAUAUCUCAUCACGGGUGCUGAAGAAAAGAUUUUGGAUAGUUUUAGGAAAACCCACAAUCCUGAGGCACCAGAUUUCCAGCUGCAGGCUAUGAUACAGGCUGCUGGAAAAUUAGUGCUUAUUGACAAGCUUCUGCCCAAACUCAUUGCUGGGGGACAUAAAGUUUUGGUGUUCUCUCAGAUGGUUCGGUGCCUAGAUAUACUAGAGGACUACCUCAUUCAGAGAAGGUACACAUACGAGCGCAUUGAUGGGAGAGUCAGAGGGAAUCUGCGACAAGCGGCUAUUGAUAGAUUUUGUAAGGUGGACUCUGAUCGCUUUGUCUUCCUACUGUGCACAAGAGCCGGAGGACUGGGCAUCAACCUCACUGCUGCAGAUACUUGCAUCAUAUUCGACUCUGACUGGAACCCACAGAAUGACCUGCAGGCCCAAGCUCGAUGUCAUCGCAUUGGCCAGAGCAAAGCUGUGAAGGUUUAUCGCCUUAUUACACGCAAUUCAUAUGAGAGGGAGAUGUUCGACAAAGCCAGUUUAAAGCUCGGUCUGGACAAGGCAGUUCUACAGGAUAUCAACCGCAAAGGCAGUUUAAAUGGGGUACAGCAGUUAUCUAAGAUGGAAGUGGAAGAUCUCUUGAGGAAAGGUGCAUAUGGUGCACUUAUGGAUGAAGAAGAUGAAGGCUCAAAGUUCUGCGAAGAAGAUAUUGAUCAGAUUCUGCAACGCCGUACACAGACCAUCACCAUUCAGACUGAGGGAAAGGGAUCUACAUUUGCUAAGGCCAGCUUUGUUUCCUCUGGAAACCGAACUGACAUCUCUCUGGAUGACCCAAACUUCUGGCAAAAAUGGGCAAAAAUCGCUGAGCUGGAGAUUGACUCAAUGGAAGAGAAGGAGAGUCUUGUGAUUGAUACACCUCGUGUGCGGAAACAAACAAGACAUUACAACUCGUUUGAGGAUGAUGAGCUGAUGGAGUUUUCAGAGCUAGACAGUGACUCAGAGGAGCGUCCUUGUCGUUCGCGGCGCCUUGGUGAACGCAGCAAGCGAUAUCUUCGAGCAGAAUGCUUCAGAGUGGAGAAGAACUUGCUCAUAUUUGGAUGGGGGCGGUGGAAGGACAUACUAAAUCAUGGACGUUUUAAGUGGCACCUUACAGAAAGAGACAUGGAAGUCCUGUGCAGAGCACUACUUGCCUACUGUGUCCGUCACUACAGAGGUGACGACAAGAUCAAGAGCUUCAUCUGGGACUUAAUCACACCCACAAAGGAUGGGCACAAUCAAGCACUUCAUAACCACUCAGGACUGUCUGUUCCUGUACCGAGGGGCCGUAAAGGUAAGAAAGUAAAGAACCAGUUAAGUCCUCCGGAGCUAAAGAAUGCUGACUGGCUAGUCCACUGUAACCCAGAAGUAGUACUCCAGGAUGACAGCUACAAGAAACACCUCAAACAGCACUGUAACAAGGUGCUGCUGAGGGUGAGGAUGCUCUAUUACCUUAAGGCAGAGGUACUCGGUGAGGCUGCCAGUCAGGCUCUUGAAGGAGUCUCGGCCAGCAAACUAGAGUUUGCCCUGCCAGAAGUUGACUACAUGGAAAUCCCUUCUGGUUGGUGGGAUGCUGAGGCAGAUAAGUCUCUGCUGAUUGGAGUAUACAAACACGGGUAUGAGCGGUACAAUGCCAUGCGUGCAGAUUCUCAGCUAUGUUUCUUAGAGCGGGUUGGCAUGCCAGAUGUUAUUGCACUUACAGCAGAGCAGGGUGGUACUGAGGUUGCACCAGAUGUACCUGACAGUGUAAGCAAGACUGAUAUAAAAGAAGAAGUAAGUGGUAAUCCAGAGGGAAUAGAGGACACAGAAGAGAAAAAGCAGGUAAACCCUUUCUCAGAGGACAUGAAACAUGACAGUUCUCUUAGAGUGACUCGUCCAGUUGGAUUAGCUGAGGAGGUCGUUGAGCAAGGUCAGGCACUAUGGCCAACACCAUCUGCACUUACAGCAAGAUUAAGACGACUUAUCACAGCCUAUCAGCGUUACACACGUCGUGAACCAUUUCGGCAUGAAAUUCUCACGCAUGAGGGCAUCGGGCCUGUUGCCUGGCAAGUGGGUGAGGAGCUACGAAGCUGUAUGACUAAUUCAGAUCCACUUUUCCUUGAGUGGCAAAGAAGGUGGACACGCCGUGAACAAGCUGAUUUCUAUCGUACUGUGUCCUCAUUUGGGGUGGUGUAUGACCCUGAGAAGAAGGUUUUUGACUGGCGACAGUUCCGUAUCUUUGCUCGUUUGGAGAGGAAAACAGAUGAAAGUUUGGAGAGAUAUUUUUGGAGCUUUGUUUCUAUGUGCCGCACUGCUUGUAGACUGCCACCAAGGAAAGAUGAAGGUCUUGUUGACCCCAGUCUAUGUAUAGAACCCAUUACUGAAGAACGGGCUGCUCGCACGUUGUACCGUAUUGAGCUAAUGCGAAAGGUUCGUGAGCAGGUGUUGCAUCACCCCCUUCUAGAGGAGCGACUGAAGCUGUGUCGUCCAAGUCUUUACUUGCCUGUUUGGUGGGAAUGUGGCAAACAUGAUCGUGAUCUUCUCAUUGGUGUAGCCAAGCAUGGCCUUAGCCGAACUGACUUUUACAUAUUGAACGAUUCUCAUUUGUCUUUCCUGGAGACCUACCGUAACUAUGUUCAGAAAGAAAAGUCAAGCUUGUCAAGCUUGCCUCAUCAACACUGCUAUCUGGGCCAGUGCCAUUCUCCACAGCCCACAGAGUAUCAUAGCCUCUUGCACUCCACACAAAUACAACAGCACAUGCAUGCACAUGUUCACCACCAAACCUCAGAAGUAACAUCAGUAGCAACAUCAGAAUCAGAAAGCACUAUGACUAUGCCUGCAAACUCUAGGGAAAGCUUCUUGGACUGCCCCACAAUUAGUGACUCCUUGGACCUCGGGUCUUUACAACAUGAAAGUUUGGCCUCUGGCUCUCUACACAGCAAAACUAGCAAAGAGCCCUUCAGUGGAUUUCCAUUUAAUUCCGUUUCAGCUGGUCAGAGUAUGCUAAAUUCAUAUGAUGUGCAAGGAGAUAUUACUGGGGCACAAGGAGACAUGACCGACUCUAUAGAUGGGAAACUUAGAAAUGAUGUUCUUGUGGGAGAACAGGGUUCCUCAGAGGAGACUGGUUUAAUGGCCCCUUCAGUCGAACUAAAUGAAUUUCAAACCCCAUGGGGAAGCUCAGAUCAUGCUGAAACCUCAGAUAUUUUCAAUGAAGGCGACCCUAUCUUGGGGGAAACUUCACUGGAAACAGAAUUCCUGGACCCUGCUCAGUCUGAAGAUGGACAGGAAAGGGAGGAUCCACUUACAGGAUGUUUAAGCAUACCCAGUUCUGAUUCACAGAGUGACCAAGUAGAACCAUUAGCACCAAGCUUCAUGUUGUUUAAGGAACUAAAUUCUGGAGAGCCUUCCAUGGAACAACCAGAUUUAUCUGCCAGUCCACCUGAAUAUGUUUCUCCCCAACCUCUUGCACUUUCAGAUGUAGGUAUUGAUCAACCGGGGUCCAUUAGCGAGGACCUAGAAAGAAAGUUGUGUGAUCCUGACCUAACAAAUUGUAAUCCUAGUUCAGAAGACGGAGGAGAAAAUGUAGAAUAUCAGUUUCAGAAAGAGGAAAUCUUGCAAGGCAGCCAUAGUAAUUUGGAAACUGAUAAGAGGGACAUUGAAAGUAAAGCAAAUAAUGUGUCCUCUAUAGAAACGCUGAUGGAAAAUCAUUUGGAACCUUUAAAGGUAGAGUGCACCAUACAAAGUGAGGAACAGCUGAAGGAUCAAGUGUACUUAGAAGAAUCUUGUGAAAAGCUCCUACUGGAGCCAGAUAAAGUGCCCUUAACAGAACCUUAUGAUAUACCUUGCAAAGGGACUCUAGAAGAACUACUUGAAGGAUCCCCCCAUGUCCUGAAUGAAAAACUGUUGGUAAAAGAAGCUUCUGGAAAACCCCUUGAAAAUUCUUUGGAACUAGUAGAGAAUAAUCCAGCCAACCCCAGACUCUCCCCCAACAAUUUGCCUUCGUCAUUUCCUUUGUUAUCCACCUUUCCCACCCCAGAACCUGAUCAGUCUGUAUUCUCAGACCCUGAUGCUGACCAUGACAUAAAACAGGAGUUACUCUUGGGUUCAGCAGAGUCAGAGGUCAAACCCAAACCUGACAGCACCACACUGAUCCCACACCUGGAACAGGCUGCUGAUGUGGAAGUGAAAGAUGAGAUAAAGGAAGAGGACACAAAGGCAACAGCUUUAUUGGGAGAUAGUUAUGUUGAAGCACCACAGUUUAAUCCAUCCAUAUGUGAGGUGGCAGGCAGUCUUCGUGAUCCGAAGGAACCAACCAUUGCUCGGCUGUUACAAGAGAAAGCCCAUUACUCAUUUUCUGAGUGGCCCAAGGACAGAGUUAUCAUCAACCGCAUUGACAAUAUCUGCCAAGCUAUUUUAAAGGGGAAGUGGCCUGCCCCCAGUCAGCAGUACGAAUCUCCCACAUCAGGCAUCAGCACCUCCAUGUCCAACAGUGCCCAGCAAAGGGCAGGUUUUUUACCAUCAAGAAUAUCACUACCUCAAGACCACAGUUUGAACAUUCCACACUCAAUUUCCCAUAUACACAAGGAUCGGUUAAUAACACCUGCAUUUCUUUCUGAACUCAAGCGUUCUAAGUGUGGGUUUGAAUUUAACUCGGAGGUCAAACCAAUCAAUCUUGUAGAAAAAAUUCAACUUGGCAUUCCCCACCAUGGGGGUACCCUCCUACUAAAUGGUUGGCAAGAAGCUGCCAUGGAUUUGUCUAAGCCAACAGAAAUUGCGUUUGGUAGGGAGGUCGAAUCUAUGAGACACGUGACCCACUCAGUCCAAUCAGCUCCUCACAAGAUGCCUAAUUUGGGCUCCAUGGAGGGCUUAAUAGGAUUGGACAUGGCAGGUAUUCUGCAAGCAGGACUUGUACACCCUGUUACAGGGCAGAUUGUUAAUGGUAGCCUUCGUCAUGAUGAUUCAAUAAUGAGGCGGAGAAGAGGUCGAAGGAGAAAUGUGGAAACACUUGACCUUGAAUUGAUGAAGGAACGGGACAUAAACUUAACUAAAGCAAAGGGGCAGCCAGAGACUAACAACAACCCCAUUGUGUCCUCCACCUCUUCUCAGCCUGACUGCCCCACCCAUUCCCCUUCUUCAGAGUCAUUAACCAUGAGCGCUGAUAGAGAGGCAGCCAGUAAAGGCUUAAUGGAAUGGCUCAGACAGAACCCAAGCUACAGAAUGGAGCUUCCUGCUUUUUCAACGUCUCAGACUGCAAGCAUGUUGCACAGUUUUGCUGAUCGUCCAAAGCAGAGGAGGCAUCGUUGUAAAGACCCUACCAAGUUGGAUGUGAAAUCCCUGACUGGUGAAGAGAGAGUUCCAGUAGUACACAGAAACACAGGUCGCAGGCUGGGUGGUGCAAUGGCCCCUGCCAUUAAGGAGCUCUCACAGUGGCUAGAUGCAAACAUAGAAUACUUUGUGGCUCCUGACUGGGCAGAUGUGGUGAAGCAUUCAGGUUUCCUUCCAGAAGGAAAGUUCACCCGGAUUCUCAGUGAACCAGUGAAUCGAGAUCCUAGCACACGUCGUAGAGGCAGAAGACCUCGCAGUGAGAUGCCUAAAGCUCCUGAGCUUCCGGCAGGCAUUGCACCACUCUUUAUGAAUGAUGGGCUAAUUGGCAUGGAUUUGGUUAACUUAUCCAACCUACGCAAUGUCCCUGGCAUUCCAAUAAGUGGGCUCAUGGGAUUUCCACCUGGUUUGGCUACAGCCCUACCAGGAGAAGAUUCUAAGAAUGGCCUGAGUAUGCUACCAAUGAUGCUCCAUAGUAUGUCAGUGCAACCACCCAUGUAUAGCACUCAUGUUAGUGGAAUGAUAAACCAGUCACUAAAUGCUUCAGCCUCCACAGUAACCACAGCUGCCAGCUCUUCCAGCACGGCAACAGUGACUUCUAUAUCCUCUGCCACUGUGGCCUUAAGCCCUACCCAUGCAGUCAGCUCCAGCACAUCAGCUUCUAAAGAGAGAGCUAGUCCUGAGCCUAGUACUGAUGAGAGAACACUUGGAGAGAACGAGAAAAAAAUGCUACCUGCUGUUCCCUGCCCAACUGUUACUAGCAGUUCUGCUAGCAUUACAAGCAGUGGGAGCCAUUUGACUUUCAACCCCUUUUUGAUCCCAGGAAUGCCUCAUGGAUUACUGUAUCCCCACAUGUUCCUGCCCCAUGGUAGUAUUAUGGCACUUCCAUCAGCAUCAGAUAGCACUGGAAUUACUAAGCAGAAGAAAAAGAAAGUUAAAGAUGAUGCAGUGGUGGAAGAAGACAAUGGUUUAUUGGAGAUGCAGGAUGGAGAGAUGAAAAUGAAGAAGGAUAUAGAAACACUGGCAUGUAAGCAUAAAGAGGGUGGUCUGGAAGAAUCUUUGCCAGCUUCAGACACAAGUAAGGAUACAAGUGAUGAUGCUAGCAACCCUUCAUCUGUGGUCAGUGCAGCCAAAGCAAUAGAGGAAGUAAAAGGGGAGGUAAAGAAAACUUUCAGCAUGGCUGUGCCAAAAGAAGAUGUCUUGGAUGUAACACAGGAUGUUUAGUAGACUCUGCUCUCCAAUGAGCAACACUAUCUUUAUGUGCUGUGCUGGUAAAAGUUUGUGUAAAGAAAUUUGAUUAUCAACUUCUUAAUGUUUAUAGAUCUGCUGCAGAAUAAAAACAGGUGAAAUCUUGACAUACCCCUUUCCAAGAGUUUGCUGAAAUUACCAUAAAGUGUCAGCAUGUACACACUCACAUUUCAGUACCACAAGAAUACCCAAUACAACAUCACAUUUUAUGUGAAGAUGUCACACUUGCAUCAUGGAAAUGGACAAUGAGGAAAAUGGGUUCACUUGAUCUCUUCUGAUUGUGUAUGGCACUUAGCUCAGUUUUAGAAGUGACAAAGGAUUUCAUCAAAAUUAUCCUGCUUUUUUCUGUUUUUCUUUUCUUUUUUCUUACUGGAUACUAUCCACACACAAUUCCUGAGUUCCAGGGAGAGUCAGAAAAUGGCUGCAGUGAUACCUGACUCUUGUCUUUAAUUUAUGGUGCUUACAGGGUUACAGAAAAAAAUAAAAAUGUUCAUUUGAUUACAAAAUGAAUUGAUUAGAUUGUUCAUAGAAAACAUUUAACAUUUUUAUUUAAAGCCCACUCCCCAUGGGUGGAUUAUUAGUGGAAUUGCUGCUGUUUCUCAUAUGAUGGACAACACUAGUUGCACAUUACUAUUUGCCUGCUGCUAAAUUCUAAUAGCAAACAUUUAUGAAUCAGUAGAAAGCUAGCAUAAAUGCAAAGUGAAAAAUUUGUGCAGUUGAACCUUAAGAAUAGAAAAGAAAUCUGUGCUUAACAUUUAUAAUUAAAAAGAUCAAUCCAAAAACUUUAAUGGGCAUGGAGUUGCAAUAUAAUGUCCAGUGUCAUUUUUUUAAGUAAAUUAAUUACUUUCUAACACACCACAGAUGGAAUAUGCUGUGAGAAUAAUUUCAAGUAAGGGCAGAGUGACUGUGGAUUUGACGUUAAGAGUUCAUGUGUCGUUUCCUAGUGAAUCCGAGCAACUCUUAGUGUAGAUAUAGAGCCAUUGGUUAAAGAUUGUGUUGGAACUUCCACCAUUAGUGAAAUUAACAUUUCUAUGUUAACUGAUAUCAUGGCUGUGUUUUGCCCUACAUAUAGAGUAAAAUGACCCAGAGUUGAUGAGAAACAGUUUCUGGAGCAGAAGGAUUUGUUUAAAUGCUUUUGUCUGACCUAAUGCACCUAAAAAUAGUGUAGAGUAGAAUCUGUUGAGAUUUUUUUUUUUUUUAAACCUGUAAAUUUAUAUAGCUGUAUAUGGCUGUUACUUUUGUUUAAAAGCACACUAUUUUUUAUCAUUAUUAUGUCAUUGGGAGAAACUGUAAAUCAGUGUUAGUAUUUCUUGUAUCUACACAUAUUGUAUACUAGUUGGACACCCAAGAUUUUUGUUGACAGAUUUUUCUCUCCAUAUCUCACAGCAGGGUCUUUUUAAGUUCCUUAGGUUGUAUUACUUUUCUAUGCCUAACAUUUCUUGAAUUCACUUUCUUAACUUUGUUUUUAAUGUGAAAACAUUUUUGCACGUUCCUUAUGGUGAAUAUUUAUCUGGAACUGUAUUCUGUCAUAUGUGUUACUUAUUUCUUCUGUUUAUUGUGUAGACAUUUGUUUGUGUGGACACAUGUACAUACACAUCUGCUUCUGCAGAGGACAGUUUUCAUCCAUGUAAACCUGAACAUUAUAUUUCUCAUUUAUAUUCGGUCUUGUUUUUGUAUUACGUUUUUCGUUGCCUUGUCACUUCUUAGAACUCUGUAUCAUCUUUUUUUGCCUCAGCAAUCACCAAAUAUAAAUAUGCUAUUUAAUAUUUCAUUAGGCAUUUCUUUCAUUUACCAGUUUAUUGAAAAUGCUUAUUUAGCAUUUGAAAUUGACUUAAUUCUUAAUUAGCAUUUCACUCAUAGUAUUUGUUAUAUUUUCAUGUUGGACUGUAUAUGUUAAGAUGUCUGUGUUUUGGAAUGGGAAGCGCUCUUACUACCCUAACAACAGCUCAUGUAGGUGUUGAUUUGUAUAUUAAAGGUUAUACUAUAGCCACAGAAAAUACUAAUACCUGA